AUUGACGCAUUGUAUUAAUCAUAUUUAUUAUCAGUGAAGUACAAUAAGUUGUUUAUUAAGUAUUUAUUUAAUUGUAUUUAAAUGCUCAUUUUUGCAUGGUGCACAUCUCACGUGUUCAAAGUGGUGUGGUCCUGUAAACCGACUGCUUCAUCAGUUUGAGAUAACGGGGGAAUGGUGUAGUCAAUAUCCAACCCUGCUGUCAGAGCUCGAAGAAGGAAAUACUGUUUUCAAGGUACAAAGCGGAGGUUUUCCCUGCUUUGUUUGGAGGUUUAUAACAUUUUCCCCCUUGCAUGGUUGUGUAAUAACCGCAUCAUAUGGACAAGACAACCUUUGGAACACUGCGGGGCUUUAUGCUAAAGUGAGCCAGCCUAGGCAGUUUCUUUCACCCCGCAGUUUCUACGGAUUCUCCAAGACACCAAUCCACAUUGUUAUGUGUGCUUUCCGCGUGGUGGUAAAUUAAUUCGUAUUUUUACAUAACAUAAAUGUAGCGUGGAACGUUUGGUGAAUUCGGUUUCGCUGAUUUUAUUCUCACAUCGAUAAUGGAAUGAGAUUUGCGGGUAACCGAUAACAACCUGCCGUGAUUUCUUGUUAUAAAUGAUAGAGGAUACGAUGACCCUGUUGUCUCUUUUGGGUCGGAUCAUGCGUUAUUUUCUGCUCAGACCAGAGACAUUGUUUUUGCUUUGUAUAAGUCUUGCUCUGUGGAGUUACUUCUUCCACACUGACGAGGUGAAAACCAUCGUCAAGUCCAGCCGGGAUGCUGUCAAAAUGGUCAAGGGGAAAGUGGCGGAGAUAAUGCAGAAUGAUAAAUUCGGGGGUCUUGAUGUUCUGGACGCUGAGUUCUCCAAAACCUGGGAUUUCAAGAGCAACAAUGUGGCGGUCUACUCAAUCCAGGGACGGAGAGAUCACAUGGAAGACCGCUUUGAGGUCCUAACUGACAUCGUAAACAAGAGUCACCCGUCUAUAUUUGGGAUUUUCGAUGGCCAUGGGGGAGAGGCUGCGGCGGAUUUUGCUAAGGCCCACCUGUCGGAGGCGCUGCGGCAACAGCUCCUGAGCUAUGACCGAGAGAAGGAGGAGAAAAAGGAGAGCAGCAGUCUGUCCUACCCCUCCAUUCUGGAGCAGCAGAUCUUGGCUCUGGACAGGGACAUGCUGGAGAAGCUGUCCGCCGUCUACAACGAAGCAGGCACCACAUGUCUGGUGGCCCUCCUCUCUGAUAAAGAGUUGACAGUGGCAAACGUUGGCGACUCGCGCGGUGUCCUUUGUGACAAAGACGGCAAUGCCAUUGCCCUGUCACAUGACCACAAGCCCUACCAACUCAAAGAACGGAAGAGAAUCAAGAAGGCUGGUGGCUUCAUCAGUUUCAAUGGUUCGUGGCGUGUUCAGGGAAUCUUGGCCAUGUCUCGCUCACUGGGCGACUACCCUCUUAAGAACCUCAACGUGGUGAUACCCGACCCUGACAUCAUGACCUUUGAUCUGGACAAGCUGCAACCAGAGUUCAUGAUCCUGGCAUCAGACGGGCUGUGGGACGCGUUCAGCAACGAGGAGGCUGUACGUUUCAUCAAAGAGCGGCUUGACGAACCCCACUUUGGCGCGAAGAGCAUCGUCCUGCAGUCCUUUUAUCGUGGGUGCCCUGACAACAUUACUGUCAUGGUGGUCAAGUUCAAAGGUGCUAGUGGCAAAGCUGCGGAGCAGUAGACCCACUGAUACUGCCAAACCAGAGAUCUAUAUUGUAAAUGAAUAUAUGUAUAUGCAUAGGUAUAAGUAAAAUACAAAACAAGCCCACAGUUUUUGGAGCGAGAACUGUUUGUAUCUAGUAUAUUUACAGAAACUUGCCAUUCACCACUAUGAUGCAAACAGUAAAAUGUACAGAUACAAAUUAACUUACACUUAGAUGUUUUUCUCUCAAAUCCCCGUUACUUAUCAUUUGGUUUUAAUUGUUUUUUAAAUCACUUAUGCCCUUCAGAAACGAAAUACCUGUUUUAGUCCAAGUGUGUAAUGGUCUGUCAUUUAUAGAUAGUUGACACUAUAUAUGAAUUCAAAGUUUUGCCACCUCUGGUCGCUUGCCUUUUCCGACCCAAUGGCAGGUCAGCACCCACUAAGCCUAGUUAAAGCCCUUCUCUGUCCUGGCACCCAAAUGGUAAAACCGUCUUCCACUUAAUGCUAACAGACUAAAUGUAUAACAUAGCUAUAGGUCUUAUUUCACUUUAAUUCCAAUAUGCAGCCCAUCAUUUACAUCAGUGACAAAAUAUAGAGGACAAUAUACCACAUUAAAUUUUUUGUUUUCUAGUGUGGAAAACCCUAAGCAGUACUGGUACUUUGUGGCAAUACCAUUACACCAUGGAUAUCUUGGUGAAAGGAAGUGUGUCUAGCUUUUCCAUCAUCCCUAUUGAGAACUGAGGAAAUCAUUUUCAGUUAAGAGUUCAAUACAUUCUCCAGUGUGGCAGCCUUUAAAACCAUUAACAUGCAAGCAUAACACUGUUAAGAGUCUGUUACUGUAGGGAAUGCCAUGUCAGUCUUAUGUACAAUAUUAUGUCGGAUAAAUUAAAACCAUUCAUAUACUG